AUGAAGAAAUGCUUGGAAAUAAUAAUUUGGCUAACAUUAGUGACGCAAAAAGUCGUCAGUAUCAAAUGCGCAGAAUGCAAUUAUCUACCUCAUUCACCUAUUUCUGGCAUCAGAACUUGUCCAAAAAAUUGUCACGGGGAUAUUUGCUUUAUUGUAGUAAACAAAUACUAUAAUGAAACUCUGAUAUCGGGAUGUGUGAAUAUUGAUAUCGAAACACGAAUAUUUUUUCAUGAUCAGGCCUAUUGCUAUGAUAAAAGUCAAUAUACAGUGUGUGGAUGCACUACCUUUGAUCGAUGCAAUAGUCCUCAGGCACCACUUUCUAUGUUUACAUUCAUUACCACACCUUUUUUCGAAAGCUGUCAAUUUGUGCCAAAGAAUGAAAAUAAUGAUUGCAAUUCGUUUCAACGUAAUAUCACAUUGGAAGAAGAUAAUUCUAAAAUAAAAUUAUUACUAAAAGCGCAACCUAAAGAAGAUGGAAAAAGUAUUAACACUAUCGAAAUAACAACAAAAAAUGUUGAUAUCAAUGACCGAUCAUUGCCCGUAGCUAAAUCAACAACAUCGCACUCAACUGUGGUCAGUUAUUCGAUGAAGAGCACUAAAUCGAGCAGCGAUGAAAAUAACAAGAAUGAGAUAAGUAGUGAAUUUAUUGAUGAAGUGAUUCGUAGUUUAAUUCCAAACACAGAUCAGCAUUAUAUGAAUCCGGAAUUCGACUAUGGUAAGUUCAAUGAUCAGACCAAAGAUAGAAAGAAAUUAUUUUGCAAAAUUUGCAGCAAAUAA